AUAAAUUUAAAAUGCUUUUAAUUAGAAACAAUCUUUUAUAAAAGUAAUUUGAAAAUCUGUUGUGAAUAUUGGGCUUUAAUUUUAACAUUUAAAUAUAAUGUUACAUUAUUUAGAGACUAUCCAAGCAGUUAACAACAAAAGAUUGUUUUCCUGUUAUAAAUCAAUCUUUGGCCUCCAUUGAUCUUAACACCCUUUUCCAAUUAGCAUUAGCUUUUAAGGGAUAAAUUUGCUGCUGUACUUAAUUUUUAAAUAAGUGUCUUGCUAGCUUGGUCAUACUCUAGUAAACGUGUGCUGUGACUAAGGAAUUUAGACCCUUUGGGCACGUCUGUGAUAUGAUGCAUUUUGUGUUAAUAUAUUUUAAUAAAAGGAAACAUUAACAAUUCAACCUAAAAAGCAGUUAUUAAAGGUUAUUUCCCAGGUAACGACCCUUUUGUUGUUGUUGCUGCUGUUGUUAUAAUAAUAAUGAUAAUAAUGCUUUUUAGUUUUUUAUGAAGCACUGUCUUGAUUGCAUUUGUUAUUAAUCAUACAUUUUAGGUUCUUUGAAAAUACCAUACUCAAGUUAAUAUUAUUCAUCACAAAAGAACUUCGAUAUUUUGAAAAGCAUGCCAUAUUAGAGUAAAAGUAAUAAAAUGGUUGUAGUACUUUUUUAAGAAGUAAUGUUGAAUUUAGAAAACAACUUUUUUUAGUGUUUCUUGUUCUUUUAUUACUGUUCAUUCAAGAAGAGUAGUAAAAAAGAAACACUAGCUUUGGUUUGGUUUGAUGAACAGACUAACAACAGAGGUGAGAAGGCGAGGCAACUAGAAAGCAAAUACCAGUAGCGUUGAUGAUGAAUUUUGGGAGUUUUCAUUUGAAGAGUUAUAGUUCAUUGGUAGGAAAAUAAAAAUGCAAGUGAAUGUAAUCUUCUGUAGAUGACAUUUUUCUUUGUGAAAAUGAUUAGGAAAAUCAGUUCUAAUUUCUUGAUUAUUUCUUUUACUCUAUCUUAGGAUUUUGGUGAUGCUUAAAUUGUUUUUAAAUAUCUAAACUGGAGGGUCUUAAUCUUUGGCCUCUUGAAAGGCUCUAUAAAUGUCUGUAUGCAAAAUUUGUGUUUGUUUUCAUUUUGAUGUGGGGAUCUUUAUGAGUUUUAGCCUACUUUCAGAGUAAUCAUAGUUCCAUUAAAAGGAUUAAAGAAUCAGGUCUAGAUAUUUGUUGCAGCUUCCUUAGAGAAUUAAUUUCAGAAAUAAAUAAGAGUUCAGUAUAUCUCAAAGCUAACAUUUCCUGAAACUAAGAAGAAAAAAAUUUCCUAACAUUUUGACAGGUUAAAUAGCUAUUUUAUUAAAUAGUUUGAUAUUGAUUAAAGUAACUUUUCUGAAAACAAGGGAAUUUCAUUUGGAUUGGAAAAAGAUUGUUAAACAAUGAGUUUCCAAAUAAAUGAUAUUCAAAUUUUAGUGAUUUCAUGACUUUUAAUAAUAGAGUAAUACUUUCUUUUGUUAAAGAUAUUGGUAUAGUUUUAGUUUUCAGAUUUGCUUAUGGUCAAUACAUAAGUGAUGUAUAUAUUAUUUUUUUCUGGGUAAGGUCUUUAAGUUUUGUAAUUUUCACUUGAGGGUUAUGCAUAAUGUCUAAACUUUAGAAUCCAAGGAGUUGGCAUUUCUAAAUUUAAGAUAACCAUUUUCAGUUGGUAGCAUCAUUUCUUAAUUGUUUAAAGGAGAUAAGUUUGAUAACUGUAUGUUGAAAAGUUUUCAUGAUAGAUACACUUUGUAGUGCUUCUACAACAAUGCUGAAUUUAUAGAGUUGUGCAGUAGUUGGUGGUCUCUUAAAAUAUUUUGUAUAAAAAAUAUAGUGCCUUCUUUUUUUAAUUUAUAUAGUUGAAACUUCCCAUUCUUGAGUAGGAUAGUCUAGCACACUUGGUAUAGAAAUGAAUCAGCUACCAAGUUAGAUUCAUGUGUACUUACAGAUAAUUUGAUAAGUAUUUUUACAUAUUGAGAAGUGACUUGUAUUAGUUUUCCCUUUCACCACUUCUUCUCAUUUCGACCCUAAACACUUAAUGAAUCACUCCUAAAUUGAUCAAAAUAUGCUGAUGUUUAAUAUAAAAUUAUAUUGCAUGGCUUUCUGACUUGGGUUUUUGUUGUGAAAGUGCCUGUUUUGUUCAUGUGUCCUGAGAGAACAAGCAUUGUGACAUACCUGGCUAAACUUAAAAGCAGAUUGCCUGUGAAGCACAAUUUGAGUCCAAUUUUUUGAGAGAUGCCCGAGUGGUAAAAGACAUGGCAACAGGAAAGUCUAAGGGAUAUGGCUUUGUGUCCUUUUUCAACAAAUGGGAUGCUGAAAACGCCAUUCAACAGAUGGGUGGCCAGUGGCUUGGUGGAAGACAAAUCAGAACUAACUGGGCAACCCGAAAGCCUCCAGCUCCAAAGAGUACAUAUGAGUCAAACACCAAACAGCUAUCUUACGAUGAAGUUGUAAAUCAGUCUAGUCCAAGCAACUGCACUGUGUACUGUGGAGGUGUCACUUCUGGUCUAACAGAACAACUAAUGCGUCAGACUUUUUCACCAUUUGGACAAAUAAUGGAAAUUCGAGUCUUCCCAGAUAAAGGAUAUUCAUUUGUUCGGUUCAAUUCUCAUGAAAGUGCAGCACAUGCGAUUGUUUCUGUUAAUGGAACUACCAUUGAAGGUCAUGUUGUGAAAUGCUAUUGGGGCAAAGAAACUCUUGAUAUGAUAAAUCCUGUGCAACAGCAGAAUCAAAUUGGAUAUCCACAAGCUUAUGGCCAGUGGGGCCAGUGGUAUGGAAAUGCACAGCAAAUUGGCCAAUAUAUGCCUAAUGGUUGGCAAGUACCUGCGUAUGGAAUGUAUGGCCAGGCAUGGAACCAGCAGGGAUUUAAUCAGACACAGUCUUCUGCACCAUGGAUGGGACCAAAUUAUGGAGUACAGCCACCUCCGGGACAGAAUGGCAGUAUGUUGCCUAAUCAGCCUGCAGGAUAUCGAGUGGCAGGGUAUGAAACCCAGUGAAAAAGGACUCCAGAAUCUAAAGCCAGUGGCUUGAGGCUACAGGGAGUGUAGUAAAGCAGUUGUUUACUUAAAGAUUUAUCAAAUCAGUCAGUGCAAAUGUCAGAUACAAUGUAUUUAUUUAAAAAGAUUCAUUUUUUAAUCAUGAAAUUACUUAUCAUCCACAUUGUUUUAAAAAGAAACAAGAUGCUGGAUGUCUGCCAAUUUUUGCCUUCAUUACCUUUUUUGAUAAAGUUUCUCAGAUCCUUGUUUCAAAUAUAAAUGCAGGGAUUGCUGCCACUUUUUUAAAAUUAAGAGGCAGAAAAUUGCACAAUGUUGAACUUUUUUCCACUAAAGUAGUGUGCAGUUCUAGUUUGCAUUCCUGAUAUGAUUUAAAACAUGUAAUAUAAAGAUGUAAAAAAGAAAAUGGAAAGAAAAACCAAAACUGUGCAGUUUUGAAGUUCUUCGUAAUCUUCAGCUUGUGCACAAUUUUGUUUUAGGUUUUUUGAAAAAGGCAUUGUUUGAACUGUCCCAUCUCCACUGUUUACCCUUUGGGAUUUUUAAAUAUAAAUUAUUAGUUUACGUCAUUUUUGUAUCUACAUUUUUUUCCACAAAUUUGUCUUGCCUUAUUAAAGUUCUGUAAAGUAUACUUAAAUGGAAAAAAAAUGAUGUUCACUUAGAUUGAAAACUUUUCUCAGAUGGAUUGAUAUUUCAUUCCUCUUGUGUUUUCUAUGAGAAGGUGCCUCAAGAAUUCCCUGUUAGAUUUGUUUUAAGGGAUUUUUAUCUUCUGUGAUAAACUUUGCAGUAUACCAGGAAAUAUAAAAACAAAAAACUUGUUACUAAAGAAAAUCUCUAAAAUGUGAUUAAGUUCUUAUGAACCCAUGUUAAUGUCAUGUGUCAACUUCUACAUUUACAUGUAUUAUUUCAUUAUGUAAAAUGUUUUUGCAGUUUAAUAUUUUGCACAGUUAGCAAACUUUCUAUGUCAUUUCCUUCAUAAAGGCAUCAUGCAGAGUUGACAGGAGAUUUAUAAGGUUUUAAGUUGUUUGCAUGUGAAUAUCAAAUACAUACUUUGGUAGUCUUUGAAUACAAAGUCAUCUGCUCUUUGUUUUUCAAGAAUUUUGAGACAAAGCUGUAUGUAAGGAAUAUAUUAAUUUACCAUUUUCUAGUCAUAUUUACUCAAAAAGAGUAAAUCAACUUAAUAUGUACAAAUGAUAGCUGUGAAACUGUAGAAUAUCCUUAUGUCAGGCCUUGGGGUUGCUGUGAACUCCAAAGUUAGCCUGAAGGACCAGCCGGGCAAAGCAUUUUUUUAAUGUUCAGAGGCCAAAAGAUAAACAAAAAAAACCUUAAAAUCCUACCUCUUUAAACAGCCUUCAAAGAGGAGAAUCCUCAGUGCAAUCAUUAUUUUGAUUCUUCUGGUACCUGUUUCCUUGGAGUCCCCCAAUUUUGUUAUUUUGGGGUGACUCCGAACAUUAAGAGGUUUAAUCUUUGAGGGCAUUGUUCUAGUUUUAAAAUUUGUAGUACAUUUCAGAGUCUCUUAGAAGAGAAAGAUUGUGGGAGAUUUUGUUUUAUUUUCAGUAUAGGUCACAAACGACUUCUUGACUCACAAAGGGGAAGGAUCCCCAUUAUACAUAUUUGGAUGGCUGGUUGUUUUUAAGAGCCUCAGAGAGCGCCUAGCAUUUUAUUUAGAAACUGAAAAGGCCUUUGAAAUCUUAGAGCUUCUUGGCCUGUAUCUUCCAGGUAGGAGCAAAUGACUCUGAACUGGUCUCUAAGCCAAUACUCUUGUAAACCAGAGCCCAGGAAGACAGCCCCUAAAUGUAUAAUUCUCUGGAGCUCAAUUCUAUGCAGUUGUACUGAUGUUUCAUUAAGUCACUGUGUAUUUUUAAAUGUCGAUACAUUAAAAGUUGCUUUAUGGAAGAUAAGUAAAUUUUUUAAAAACUUGGAAAUUUCUUUUCCUUGUUAACUUUUAUAAAUCAGGGCAUGCAACCAAAAGCAGCUAAAAUGAAAUACUCAAAAAAUAAAAUAAAAAGCCAGGAAAGUUAUUUGUAGAUUCUUCUGGUUUACGUUUUUACAUUUAGGACCCUCAUUUUUCACUUGCUACAAAAUAUUUUAUUUCCUAUACAUCUGUGGACUGCAGGGUAAAUUAUUUGGACAAAAAUAAUUAAAGCAAAAGUAUAGUUUUUCUUUCAUUUUGACUAUCUCAAGUAAAACUUUUUAUUAGCCAGUGUAUUUUCUCAUUGCACAAAUCUUAAAAUGUACAUUGACUGCUUUUUGAGAAGUGGUAUUGUGCAUGAUGAUAAAACUACUACUGAACAAAUUCACAUUUCAGGAACAUUGCUAAUUUUGGUUUAAAUCUUACUCUUAGUGUUAAAAGAAAUCUAAAGAUUUUUCAAUCUAAAAGUAAUUUUGGUCUUAAUAUCAGGUAAGGAAAUUAAGUUUUAAAGAAUGGUUUCUCUGCAAUAUGCAUUCAGAUUUUAUUUUAAAAUACAUCUGGUACUGUAAAGAUCUUGAAGUGAUUCACACUUAAUGGGUCAUUAAUCCAGUAUUCUUUGCCCUGACUAUUUGGAUAUUAAAGUUCCUUUAUGUUUUCUAUAAACCUGUGGGAUCUUUUUGCAGUGAUUAUUGUGUGUGAGAUUUUUUUUUUCUUUUUCUUCUAGCCAUUUUGCUGUAUGAUUCACAUAGGUACUUGUUAGAUUUUUUUAAUCUUAUUCCAGAAAUUAUAGUUACAUUGGGUUACUGCUUAAUAACACAAAAAAUUGACAUUCUGCAGAUUUAAGUCACUAGGAAACCAGGCUUUUGUUUUCCUUGUUGGUGUUAUCUGUUGAAGAUUACAGUCACAUUCUUUUUUUUCCUUCUGUUUUCUUUCUGUGCUUGCUCAUUCUUCCUUUUGGAUUUGUGUUAGAGUCCCAUUACAGCUUAGGGCAGUUUAUAAAGACAAGAUUGCAUACACAAAAAGAGUUAGGUUUAAUAAAUGCUGUAAGGUGCUCCUGAGGUUACAGUGGAGUUGAAAAAAUAAAAUGUGUUUAUAGAAAAUAAAAAGCAAACUCUUUCAAUGAAAGAGUGAUGAUUUCUAAAAAUAGUAUGUGGUUUUUUUUUUUUGCCCACAAAGGAUUAUUUUCUUCUUUUCACUCACUGCAUUUUUUACUAUUGUAUUUAGAACUUAAAAAUUGUAACUUCAGAACAACUUUUUUUUUUUGAGUCUUAAUAAAAUUUGUGAAUGUGUCUUAAUUGAAUAGGAUUGUAUUCUGUGACCUCUAAUGUUGGAGGCUGGAUUUAUUCUGAUAGCAAUUCAACAUAAAAAGUUAAAAAACAAACUUCUGACUCCAUUACUAGACUAGGAUGAGAUGCUAUACAGAAAAUAGGGAUUAGCACAAAUUUACAUAAUGGAUAAAUGAGAUCUUUAGCUCCUUAGCCUUGUUCUACUCGAACCCCAACAUCUCCACUUAUACACACGAGACAGUGUUUGGAGGAUCCUUCUGUGGAAAAACUAAAAUAAUUCUCAAGAGAAAAGAUACAUGUUGACAUUUGUGAGUCCCCAUUACAAAACCAACCGAGCACUAAAACCCUCAUGAGGAGUUUGCCAUUCAAUAAAUUCUGCCUAUGUACAAAAAUCUUCCAAACAGGUUUUUUUAGUACUUCAUUUUUAAGUAAGGGCAGCUGAAGAUUACCAGAAAUUGAGGAAAUUUUUGGUUGUGAAGUGUAGAUCUAAACGAAAGCAACUUUCAAGAAGCAGAAAACUUAACAAAAACUGUUAUAUCCUAAGAUAAAGGAAUAGUGUCUUCAAAAAAUUAUAACAAAAUACUAAUAAAAUGUCAAAACAUGAAAUUAAAAUACAAGUAAAUUCAGUGAGAAUUUGAAAGACAAGGAAAUGUACCCAAACCAAAAGUGGAAUGGAAAAUAUAUAACUAUGACUCAUUUAAUGAGCUUUCUUUUAUAACCAAUGGUAGUUCCAGGAAAAAAACAUUGAAAAAAUUGGGGAGUGGGUGGAAUUUAUUUGAAAAUAUUCCUGAGGAAAUAAGUCUCGAGUGAAAGAGUGUUUUUGAAUUAGCACAAUAAAAAUAAAAGAUACCAAAAAAGGCAAUACCACCAUGAAAUUUUAGGACAUCAGACAAGGAUAUUCUGAAAUAUACCAAAAGGAUUGAGGAUAGUACUCAGCAGCAUCAUUGGAAGUGGAAUUAAUGGCGUAUUGUCUUCAGACUUUUGAAUUGUAUAUCCAACUGUGUAUGGUCAUGAGUGUCAGUAGAAUAAAGGUAUAUUUAGACAUGCAAGUUAUCAAAAGAUUUUCUUCCCUUUCACCCGUUCUCAGCUACUGGAUACUCGCAAUCAAAAUAGAGAAAAUCGAGAGAAAAAUAGAGCAUAGUGUAUAGAUACAGGAACCAACACAGGAGUGACAUAAAAGCUUAACCGCUGUGAAACAACUUGGCAUCCAAUCCAGAAUGGUGGUCAGGACUAUUGUAGAUAAUUGUAUAUCUGGACAUUUUACAGAACUGGGAGUGUGAGAAGAUCUAAAUGUUGGGAAAAAAUCAGGCAAAUGCAGAAGGGCAAUGCAAAAGAAAAACAUUAAGGAAAUACUUCCCUUCUGAACUAACUGUAUGCACUAAGAAAAGUUCCUGAAUAAAUAGCCUUAAGUUCAUAUAUUCAUAACUAUUUUUACUGCUUUGGUUUUUCUCUGGCAGCUCCAAUUCUAUUUUAGAUCUCUGUCAUCUGUUUCUAUCAUUUAGACUUUUUUUUUGUUUGUCAUUUCUAAUCUCUGUUCCUUAAUGUGCUUCCUGUGGUAUCCAGUCUCACAUUCCUUUCAGUGUUCAUUUAGGAAAUGCAUUUGUUCUUCUUUCUGUAUCCUAAGUUCUGUUUCUACUUCACUUAAGGUACAUCUCAUCCCUGGCUCUCUCGUUUUUCAUAGCUGCAUUUGCUGCAUUCAAUUUUUUUUUCAAUUUCACAUUGGAAUGUUGGUAUAUUUUCAGCUGCUUUGUAGGAACGUUCUUCUUUGUCUUUUCCAGGGGGAAGCUAAGUGCAUUUUGCUAGUCCCUCAUAUUUUUAAUUAGAGUAUCUUUGCACAGCUUCUGUGUUUAUUCCUUUCUAUUUAUUCAUAUUUGAAACAAUUGGAUUUUCCUAGACCAAGUUCCAGUAGGAGGACGAAGCAGAAGGAACCCUGUCCAGCUUGCUCAUCUCCUAUCAGCUGCAAUAAAUUGUCUCUUUAAAUCCUUUCUCUUGGGCUGAAUCCUUUCUCUUGGGAUGUCACCCGUUUAGAAGGGGUUUUGUGCCAGCUCCAAGUGCUCUCGAUUACUUGCUCCUUUAAGGGAACUAGACCCUGCUUUUCUAGAUGAUCCCCUAACUUUCUGAAAGAUGGUUGCUUCUGGAUGCCCUAUCACUUCAUGCAUCUUCCUUCAUUGCCUCCCCCAUUCCCCACCAGCACUCACUUUUUCAAGUCCUUACUGCGGGCUGCACUCAGAGUUGAGCUCUGUUCACAAAGUGAUUAGUUGUUGAUGAUUCCUGAGAUCUUCCUCACCAGUCUCCUCGCUCUAUAAUUCCACACUACAGUUUAUUGGCCUCCCAAAAGUUUCUAUGAUGUGAAAUUUGUUUUUGUAUAUUUUCUUCUUCAAUGUGAAAUUUAUAAAUUUUUGGUCUUCCCAAUUUCACUUGUGGGAGGCAGGAGGCAUCAUUGGUCACGUUUCCCUUUACUCUCUGGUUUCCAGAAGUGAAAUGAUCCAGAACCAGGGUGCUAACAUGUUUCUACUAGAAUGAGAUGCCCAAACGAAUAUUUUAAACAUUUAAUUCUGAUCAUGACAUUCCCCUGCUUGAAAGCCUUUGUUUACUUCUCGUUACAUGUGAAUGUAAUCUAAAAUCUUUAAUAUGACCUGUAGUGCCUUCUAAAGCGCAAUCUUAUCCAACUUCACAGCAGUCCAUUCCCCAGUGUCCUAAAAACCCUUCCAUGCCACACUCAUUUUUCUUAAAUAAAUAAAUCAUAUCAGUCACUGUCCAGUCAGUAGAGGUGGAGAUCAACACUGAAAUUUGAAAAGGGAAAUUAUAAUAUAAACAGCUGUUAAGUAGUGAAAAGUAGUUUGCUACUAAAAUUUGCAGGUGCAAAAAAAAAAAUUGUAAACAGUAAACAAUGAAGGAACUAAGGGUUGAAGAGAUUCCACUUCUUUAAAGAUUAGAGCUUGCUUAUCAAAGGAAUGGCAGGCUGGUGAAGAAAUAAGCCACAGGGCAUGGCCAGAGCUGAUCCACAAAAGCUGCCUAGUUGCCAAAGAGCACAGAUGGGCAGGAUCUUGUCUACUGAAGUAGUCCAGGUGGGGAAACAGCUAGGGUUGCAAGAUUUUGCAAAUAAAAACAAGCCCCAAUACUGCAUGGAUUAUCUUCAUACUAAAAAUGAUUUGUUUAACUGAAAUUCAAAUUUAACUUCAGUGUCUAUUUUAUCUUAAUCCUACAGACCGAUGUAGAUUGUGCAGUCAAAGCUGCCAUGGAAGCAGCUGCAGGAGGGGGAGGUCUCAAGAACCACUGAGGGAAGCACCACUGGGUCUUCCAUACACUGAUCCACUGGCUCCUGCCCACACUGAGUAAAAAGAAGCAAAACCUGUAAGGGAAGUGCCUUCCUGCCACUUGCACCUUACACUGUUCCACCAGUUCUACUGAUAAAGCCUAACUGACAAAGGAGAAAUGUUGCACAAAGCAAAGCAAAAGAAGGGUGGAUUGGGGACUGAGAGACUCCCAUCACAGGGCCUUGCCAUCUGAACACCUUUUGUCUGCCAAUCUCCACUUAAAUGUCACUUCUUUUAACAGGCCUUCCUUUCUUUACCCAACAGUGUAAAUAAAUAGUUUUCUCAAAUUCUCUUACACUUUUUCCUUUAUAGCAUUUGCCAUAAUUUUUAUUUAUAUAUUUGUAUUAUAGCUUUAAAACAUGUGUUCCCACUAGUAGCUAGUGACCGUUUUCUUCAGUGCUGUAUAUAUCUGAUACAUAGUAAAUAAUGGGUGCUUAAUGUUUGUUGAAUUAAUUGGUAAAUGAAUUAAAUUGUUAUCUCCAACUAUUGGUUUUGACCAAAUGGCUUUAUGUCAUGUGCUAAUAGUACUGCCAGCUAAAUGAGUGGAUAUAAGGUAAGAGAGAAAACUGAAACAAAGGACCAAAUGAGAGCCAAUUUUUUUUUCCAAUUCUUUAUGCUAUACUAAAUAAUUUGAAGGUUUUUUUAAUCUGAAAGGCCCUACAAAACCAUUGAUUUAACUUGUAUUUAGUUCUUUUAGGUGUUUGGCUUGAAUAAUCACGUGGAUGGUGGGAUUAGUUACUGGGGAAAAGGAGAAAUUUUUGAGGGUAUGGACAAAAGCUACUUGGAGGGCAAGAGAUGAGAGAUGAAGAGUUUCACCAUUGAAAAUAUACGAGUACUUGGAGAUGGGUGACAUUCAAGUAGAAAUAUCCAGUAGGUAGUAAUACAAAAUUGAGGAGGGAGAUUCAGACUGAAUAUAGAGAUGGGAGUCACCCACAUAAAGUGGCAAGCACCCAGGGAAACACUAGAGUGAACAGACAAAGGGCGAACAUCAUAGGUCCAUUGGUGUUAAAGAGGGCAGAGAAGCUUGCAAAGGAGAAUUGAGUUGCCUGACAGAUGAGAAAUACUGAGUGUCCUAACAUCUUGAAUCAAGGAGGAGAAAAAAAAUCAAGUAAAUAGAAAUAGCCAAGAGGAUUAAAUAUUGCAGAGAGGAAAAGUACAAGAAAUGGUUUUUUUAAAAAAAGGCCACUGGAUUUAGCAGUAAUUGAUAAAUUUAAAAUGAGCAUUUUUUUAGUGAAAUAGUGGGAACAGACAGUAGUGGUUUAAAGAAUGGGAGGUGAGGAUAGUUAGCUAAUCCAGGUUCAUUUGUCUGUGGAAGGAAGGGGGGGAGGGGCAGCGGUGAGAGGAUUCACCAGAGACAGAGUGGGGAGCAGAACAGGCAGAUUGACUGAAAUACACUGCUGAGGGGAGCAGUGGGCGAGGCAGAAGAGGUCUGCUGCGCCAUGUGGGUCAGCUCCCUGGCGGGGAUCAAACUUAUGUUGCAGUGGCUAUCCAUAGCUUGAUAGCACUGAGACUUAACCCCUGUGCCAAGAAAGCAAUUUUUAAAAUUUCUAUAUGGUAAACAAUAACUCACAAAAGUAAAUGACUACCAAAAACAACCCCACCAUUCAUUUGGACACAAAAUGAAAAACAAAAGCAAAAGCCAUGAACUGCUUUUCAUAUAAAAAGUAAAUUGGAGUUAAAGUGCAUUUUUUUUUUUUUUGUGCAUGUGUGUACUGUUUUUCUAGGAUACUUAGAAAUUGAGUGAUGGGCUAAAAAUGUGAAUUGUAAAAAUUGUAUUUUAUAUAUCAAAUUUCACUUGUAAAAGGUUGCAACAUUUUACAUUCCAAAUAAUUUCAAAGGCACUAUUUCCCCUAUCUUAACCAAAGCUGAUCAAUAAUGAACUUUCAUUUUUGCCAAUCUCAUGCAUGUAAAUAAUCUGUAUUUCCCUGUUUGCAAGUAAAAUUAAUAAUUUUC